UCUUAAUAACACAAGAGUUUCAUUUCUCAGGAAAGCUCACCCGACUGGAAGAACAACCAAGCCUAGCCUACCCGCCUCUGCUCUUCAUCUCCUUCCUUCCAUCAACCAAUUCUUGCUAAAUCAGAAUAGAAUACGUUAGAAACCCUCUCUCUCAUUUCUCAAGCUGUCAAACACAACACAACUCUCUCAUUUGUUUCCUAAACAAAUCUCUGGCACAAAUCAUCUUCAUCCAAUCACACAUAUAUAUAUUUAUAUGUAUAUAUAUAUAAAUACUCAAGGAGAAACCAAAAAGUUUUUCUCUUUCUCAUCAAGAUCCUACUCGAUUCUAGCUAAGGUUUGAAGUUUUGCUCUAGAAAAUGAGCUGGUGGUGGGCUGGAGCUAUUGGCGCUGCUAAGAAAAAGUUUGAAGAAGAUGAACCCCCCAGAAGCUACCAGAGCGUGGGUUUGGUGAUUGGCGUGACUGGGAUAGUAGGCAACAGCCUGGCCGAAAUCCUCCCACUCUCAGACACGCCUGGCGGCCCCUGGAAGGUGUAUGGGGUGGGGAGACGCCCACGUCCGAACUGGAAUUCUGAUCAUCCUAUUGAAUACAUUCAGUGUGAUGUAUCAGAUCCUGAAGACACGAAUACAAAGCUCUCUGGACUGACCGAUGUUACACAUAUAUUUUAUGUCACUUGGGCCAAACGAGCCACUGAAGUUGAGAACUGUGAAGUUAAUGGUGCUAUGUUACGCAAUGUGCUGCAAGUGCUGAUUCCAAAUGCCCCAAAUCUCAGCCACAUUUGCCUCCAAACUGGGACCAAACAUUACGUAGGUCCUUUUGAGGCCCUUGGUACAAUUGAGCUCCAUGAACCUCCUUUCACGGAGGAUAUGCCCCGUUUGAAUGUUCCAAACUUCUACUACACUUUGGAAGACAUCCUAUACAAAGAGGUUGAGAAAAAGGAGGGCUUGACGUGGUCUGUGCACCGUCCCAACGUGAUAUUCGGUUUUUCCCCGCACAGCUUGAUGAACUUAAUCGGCUCCCUUUGUGUGUAUGCGGCUAUAUGCAAGCAUGAAGGGCGUCCACUAAAGUUCCCUGGAAGCAAAGAGACUUGGGAGUGUUUUUCAGUGGCUUCAGAUGCAGAUUUGAUCGCAGAACAACAAAUAUGGACUGCAGUGGACCCAUAUGCAAAGAACGAAGCUUUUAACUGUAACAACGGGGAUGUGUUCAGAUGGAAGCAUUUCUGGAAAGUUUUAGCCGAGCAGUUUGGGAUCGAAGAACAUGGAUUCGAGGAGGGUGUGAGUUUUAAGUUGACAGAGUUGAUGAAGGACAAAGGUGCUUUAUGGGAUGAGAUUGUGAAGGAGAAUCAGCUAGAGCCCACCAAGUUAGAAGAGGUGGGUAAUUGGUGGUUUGCUGAUGUGAUGUUGGGUGCUGUAUCACAGUUGGACAGCAUGAACAAGAGUAAAGAACAUGGCUUUUUAGGUUUCAGGAAUUCAAGGAACUCUUUCAUCUCUUGGAUUGACAAGAUGAAAGCAUACAAAAUUGUGCCUUGAAAAAUUGAAAAUGCUGAACAAUCUCUUGAGUUUGUUUGUGGGGUUCCAUUGGUGGUUUUAAUUUAGUAUGAAAAAAUGUUUGUUGUGUAUCUGCUGUUUUUCAUUGUUGUUGUUCUAAAUUGAUUUUUUUUUUUUCUUUUUUUGGAAAAUAAAGGCUGCUGAACAGAGAAAUAAAUGGGAAAGGCAUUACUGUAAUUGUAAUAGUGUUGUGACAAAUAAAUUACUUUUGUACUCAAA